GGGGCCGGGCCGCGCGCUCCGUGCCGGGCCGGGGGACGUGCGGGGCACGGCGGGAGGAUGAGCGCGGCCGUGGAGCCCAGGGUGAAACAGGCGCUGCGGAAGAAGCCGGCGGAGAGGACGCAGGAGGACUUAAAUACUAUCUACACCUUCCUUCAUGGGCUGGACAUACUCUCACACUUCAGGGAGCAUCAGCUGAGAAUAAUGUCAUCCAGCGCUCGCUAUGAGAGGUACAAGGGCAACCAAGUUCUCUUUUGUUCAGAAACUAUUGCAAGAUGCUGGUACAUACUGCUUUCUGGAUCUGUGCUCAUGAAGGACUCCAUGUUUUUACCACCUUGCAGUUUUGGCAAGCAGUCUGGAGGAAAACGAGGAUGCGAAUGUAUCAUACUGGAGCCUUCAGAAAUGAUUGUGGUGGAGAACUCCAAAGACAAUGAGGAAAGCAUCCUGCAAAGAGAAGUCCCGCUGCGGCAGUCCCGGCGCAGGUUUAGGAAGAUCAACCAGAGGGGUGAGCGCCAGACCAUCACCGACAACGUGGAUGCCAGCAGCUACCUGUCGCUUCCAGCUGAUCUUACCAAGAUGCAUCUUACAGACAAUCCUCACCCUCAGGUGACUCACGUCCCUUCAAGCCAGUCUGGGUGCAGCAUUGCCAGCGAUUCUGGGAGCAGCAGCCUGUCUGAUAUCUAUCAGGCUACAGAAAGUGAGAUGGGAGAUGUUGAUUUAACAGGUCUUCCAGAAGCACCUGUAGACUCUGAAGAUGAAGAAGAAGAGGAAGAUGAAGAUAUUGACAGAACUUCAGAUCCACUUCUAGGGCGAGAUGUUGUACGAGAGUGCCUUGAGAAAGAGCCUGCAGAUAAAACUGAUGAUGAUAUUGAGCAAUUAUUGGAAUUUAUGCAUCAACUCCCUGCCUUCGCAAACAUGACGAUGUCUGUAAGAAGAGAACUUUGCUCAGUGAUGAUAUUUGAAGUAGUGGAGCAAGCGGGGGCCAUCAUACUUGAAGAUGGCCAGGAACUCGAUUCUUGGUACGUCAUUUUAAAUGGCACAGUAGAAAUCAGCUAUCCUGAUGGGAAGAGCGAGAGCCUCUGUAUGGGAAAUAGUUUUGGGAUUACUCCCUCUUUGGACAAACAGUACAUGAAUGGAGUGGUCAGAACCAAAGUAGACGACUGUCAGUUUGUGUGUAUAGCCCAGCAAGACUACUGGAGAAUUCUGAACCAUGUGGAAAAAAACACUCAUAAAGUUGAGGAAGAAGGAGAAAUUGUUAUGGUAAAGGAACACAGGGAGCUGGAUCGCAGUGGAACCAGAAAAGGACACAUUGUUAUCAAGGCAACACCUGAGCGGCUCAUCAUGCACUUGAUAGAAGAACAUUCUAUUGUGGAUCCAACUUACAUCGAAGAUUUCCUGUUAACAUACCGAACGUUUCUAACCAGCCCCUUGGAAGUUGGGAAUAAACUCCUGGAGUGGUUCACAGUGGACAGCCUCAGGGAUAAGGUUACCAGAGUGGUUUUGCUGUGGGUGAACAACCAUUUCAAUGACUUUGAAGGUGAUCCUGCUAUGACUCGAUUUCUGGAAGAAUUUGAAAAGAAUUUAGAAAAUACGAAAAUGAAAGGACAUCUCAGAUUGCUGAAUAUUGCUUGUGCUGCCAAGGCAAAAUGGAGACAAAUUACCUUGCAAAAGCCUUCUAGAGACUCCCCUCUCUUUUUUAGCCUUCUUGGAGGAAGUGACAAAGGUUUUGGUAUCUUUGUUGAGACUGUGGAAAUUGGCAGUAAAGCUGCAGAAGCUGGACUUAAGCGUGGUGAUCAGAUAAUGGAAGUAAAUGGACAGAACUUUGAGAAUAUUACCUUUGCAAAAGCUCUCGAAAUCUUAAGGAACAAUACUCAUCUCUCCAUUACUGUAAAAACAAACAUUUUUGUGUUUAAGGAGCUGCUCUGCAGGAUAGGGCAAGAGAAGAAUGGAAUUCCACAUAUUCCGAAAAUUGCAGAAAAGAAAAACAACCGUUAUUCCAUCCCAGAUAUGCCUGGAGAUGUGGAACAGAUGUUCCCUCGUGAAAAAGGAAACAAGAAAUUGAAAGCAAACACGGUAUCUGGUGGGAGAAACAGAAUCAGGAAAAUUUUAGACAAGACUCGAUUCAGCAUCUUGCCUCCAAAACUCUUCAGUGAUGGCAGCGUGAGCCAAUCGCAGGACGACAGCAUCGUUGGGACGCGGCAGUGCCGGCACAGCCUGGCCAUCAUGCCUAUUCCUGGGACCCUGUCAUCCAGCAGCCCCGACCUGCUACAGCCUACAACGAGCAUUCUGGAUUUCUCUAAUCCUUCAGCUGUUGGGUUUUACUAUAUUCCAGACCAAGUAAUAAGAGUUUUCAAAGCAGACCAGCAGAGCUGUUACAUCAUCAUCAGCAAGGACACCACUGCCAAGGAGGUGGUGAGUCACGCCGUCAGUGAGUUCAACCUGACCGGAGCCCCGGACACGUACUCCCUGUGCGAGGUGUCCGUCAGCCCCGAGGGGGUCAUCAAGCAGCGCCGCCUUCCUGAUCAGUUCUCAAAGCUGGCCGACAGGAUUCAGCUCAAUGGGAGGUAUUAUUUGAAAAACAACAUGGAGACGGAAACCUUAUGCUCAGAUGAGGAUGCUCAAGAGCUGCUGAGAGAGAGCCAGAUUUCCCUCCUACAGCUGAGCACCAUUGAGGUGGCCACUCAGCUUUCCAUGAGAGACUUCGAGUUAUUUCGUAACAUUGAGCCUACAGAGUACAUCGAUGACCUUUAUAAGCUGGACUCCAAAACAGGAAAUGCACACUUGAAGCAGUUUGAGGAUGUCAUAAAUCAAGAGACCUUCUGGGUUGCCAUGGAGAUUUUAGCAGAGCCCAACCAACUCAAAAGGAUGAAGAUUAUUAAGCAUUUUAUUAAAAUUGCCCUCCACUGUCGAGAGUGCAAGAACUUCAAUUCCAUGUUUGCGGUUAUAAGUGGGUUAAAUCUGGCUCCCGUGGCACGUCUCAGAGGCACUUGGGAAAAGUUACCAAACAAGUAUGAGAAGCACCUCAGAGACCUUCAAGAUCUUUUUGAUCCGUCUCGAAACAUGGCGAAGUACCGCAACAUCCUUAGCAGUCAGAGCAUGCAGCCUCCAAUUAUUCCGCUCUUCCCUGUUGUCAAGAAGGAUAUCACAUUUCUACAUGAAGGAAAUGAUUCCAAAGUGGACGGCCUGGUAAAUUUUGAGAAACUCAGGAUGAUUGCCAAAGAAAUCCGCCAGGUGGUGAGGAUGACCUCAGCCAACAUGGAUCCAGCCGUAAUGUUCAGACAAAGGUCUCUGAGCCAGGGCAGCACCAACUCCAACAUGCUGGACGUGCAGGGAGGAGCGCACAAGAAGCGGGCACGGCGCAGCUCACUGCUCAAUGCCAAGAAGCUGUACGAGGACGCACAGAUGGCGAGGAAGGUCAAGCAGUACCUCUCCAACCUCAACGUGGAGACGGACGAGGAGAAGAUCCAGAUCCUGUCCCUGCAGUGUGAGCCUGCCUACAGCACCCUGACAAAGAAUUUAAGUGAGAGAAGAGGGGCAAAAUCCUCAGAAAUGUCUCCAGUGCCCAUGAGAUCGAUCGGUCAGACCACUAAGGCCCAUCAGCAGAACAGAAUGAGCCAAGUGCUUCAGGUUCCAUCUGUGAACUUAUACCCCAGCAGGAAGAAGGGGCUGACAAAGGAUCAUGUCACCUUCAGUACAGGCUCACCACAGAAGUCAUUAAGCUUGUCUGAGGAAGUAAGUAGCAAGAAGCAGACAGAUGACACAAUGUCCAUGGCAUCUUCUUUGCACUCCAGCCCCCCAGCUUCUCCUCAGGGCUCUCCACGCAAAGUUGGUAACAUCCCAAGGUUGGAUAACUGCAGUCAGAUGAAUCUCUCUGGGUCUUCCUCAUCCCUCGCCAGUGAAACCAGCAACAAGAACAGCGGACAACGCAGCUAUGGAAUAGGCUAUGCCCUCAUUCCUUCCACCAAAUCUGACAACUUCUCAGACUCCAGUCACAGUGAGAUUUCCUCCCGCUCCAGCAUCGUCAGCAACUGCUCUGUGGACUCGAUGUCGGCCGCGCUGCAGGACGAGCGCAGCUUGUCACAGUCACUGCUGGUGGUGGACUCAGCAGGGAUGGAACGGAAGGAGCAUUCCCAGGCAGAGUAUGGGCAGCCCUGCCCCGGCUGGUCGGUCACGAGGCCCGGUCUGAUCAGAGGGAUGGCCUUCACCUCAUCCAUGAGCAACGAGGAGAUUUCCCACGAGCACAUCACAGUGGAGGCAGCAGACAGCGGCCGGGGCAGCUGGACCUCGUGCUCAAGUAGCUCUCAUGACAACUUCCAGAAUAUCCCAAACCAGAAGAGCUGGGACCUCCUCAAUUCCUACCGUCACACCCAGCUGGACGGACCUAUUGCUGAGGUUGAUCCCACAAACUGUUACUCAGAGGAGGCCUAUUUAUACUCCGAAGCCUUUUCCAAAAACAACAGGCAGUCGAAAGCCAGCACGGAGCUCGAUCAGUCUCGGCAGAGCUGGGCCUCCUCGAGCUCCCUGUCAGACACGUACGAGACAAACUAUGGGACCAUUAAACGCAGGGGGCUGGAGAACUCGACGUCAGAGCAGGCGGAGGUUUUGGACUCUAAACCUGGCACUGACACAGCUUACAAAACUGUUACUUCGAGUACAGAGAAAGGCCUGAUAGUGUACUGUGUCACCUCACCUAAGAAGGACGAUAGGUAUAGGGAGCCUCCGCCCACCCCUCCGGGAUAUAUGGGGAUUUCUUUAGCGGACAUAAAGGAAGGAUCGCCCCACCACCCACACCUAAAACCUCCCGACUAUAGUGUGGCAGUGCAGAGGUCAAAGAUGCUGCACAGUGACCUCUCUAGACUCUCGUCAGCCCCUCUCGGGAGCGACCCGGUGGCCUGUAUUGCAUCGAAGAUGCCUCAGUGGCAUAGUCGGCAGCCGUCCGGCCCCCAGCUAGCAGAUAUGCCUGGCGCAGAUAGUGAAGAGGAUGAAGAUGAACAAGUAUCAGCAGUCUAACCGUCGAGCUAUCCACAUAAACCACUUCAAAGCACGAGGGAUGCUGGAAGGAGGACCACGGGAUCCCGUUAGCGACUGCUAACGACUUGCUGCUACUCACCUCACUCAUCGAGUUCGCCUCUGUCACGGAUGGGAUGAACUGUUGGGGUCAUUGCUGUCCCCUCCCUCUGCUCUGCCACAUCCCGGGGCUGCGUGUGCCCACCAGGCAGAGCGCUGGGAGGGCCGUGGGGCAGGAGGAGUUCGGUAGGAUACCAUCCAUCCCUCAGUAGUUCCCUCCUCGUUAUUUUCUACAUCUAAGAGUGUUGUUUUAUGAACUCGGAAGAAGAAAAAAAAAAAAAAAAAAA